UUCGUCGGAAAUAGAUGAAAUAUUCCGCUUGAGCUGUGCAUAUCACGAGUGCACUUAUGAUGGCCAUUAAUAUUUACGUUUCAUUUAAAGUAUCAAAAAUCUGCCGGUUAAACGUUUGAAAAUGCGCAGUAACUGGAUCACCGCCGUCAGAAACACAAUAGCAAGGCAAAAGAUAGAAGAUUGGAAAGUUUGUUCCAUAUUUAGCGACCAGUUUGAUGGAAAACUACGUGCAAUUGGCUGAUGCAUGGCUGUCACUGAGUAAAGCUCAGUUUUUCCAGCGCUGCUUAGGGCAGAACCAAAUUCCUGCUAUGUGGAAGCUUGGAAUAAUAACCCCGAUUCACCAAGGUGAAAGCAGAACUGAGUCCUCCAACCAGCGCCCGGUAUUCAUUAUCAUUAUACUCUCCAAGGUCAUGGAAUCCAUCGUUGCCGAUACACUGGUGUGUAAUCUGGAAAACUGCAGUAGCAUCAAGCCCGAGCAGCACGCUUCGUCAACAGCGAUUAUGCACAACGAAAUUACUAAUCGCAUGCAGUAGUUGGACUGAAUCAGCUGACGCCGGAG